AUGGGUCAUACACAGAAAAGGGCGCUAGUGGUCAUCUUCCCCGGAUUCAACAUCCUCGAUGUGAGCGGUCCGGUUUCAGUACUCUACAACUCGCACUUUUCCGUGAGUUAUGCCGCCAAGGAUGAGCUCACAACAUCUCAAGAGAACACGACAGUGAAGAGAGAUAUAUCCCUUGAUGAAGCCAAACUUCGACUGUCCGAUUAUGAAAUAUUGAUCGUCCCUGGAUCACGACCAACCAAUAUCCUACCACAUGUGGAAUCCGGGCAGGGGCAGCUAUCAGAACUUGUCGAAUUUAUCACCUGUUUUGCAUCAGACAUUAAUCAAGAAAACGUGCGGCAACGCACCAUCUUGGCCGUCUGCAUUGGAGCCUACUUCUUAGCUUUUGGAGGUGUACUUGAUGGCCUCACUGCAACCACACACCGUCUUGCUCUACCUGGGCUACGAGAUGCAGUCAAACGCUAUGUGGAUAAAACUCCGGAUGCAAAAGGGACUCAAGUCAUCCCAGAAGAUCCCUCGGAUUUGGUUUCCUAUCUAGAUGCUGGCCGGAACCAGUUCGGGGUUAGAGUAAUCACGACGGGCGGUAUGAUCAAUGGCAUCGAUGCCGCAUUGCAUUUUGUUAGUAUUAGUUCGAGUCGGUCAAUUGCAGUUGAGGUUGGCGAGCUCAUUGGGCAUAGUUUGAAGGAAAUAUAG